CCACGUUAGUUAGAUAGAGAGCGACUCGCGACUCGGCCGCCCUGUUCCAAUAAGGAACAUUCGAGUGAAUGCACGCCGCUUCUAUAAAUACGAGAGCACUCGCCGCGCGUGUACUAUUUACUCCGAACCCUAUUGUUGGACUAGUCUACUAUACAUCAUGUUGAGGGUAUCAUUGAUGGUUUGUGUGGUGCCGGCAGUGUUCGGUAUAAUCGUGAGGGAUCCUCCUCCUUCCCCCAAUGAUUACAAGUACUCGUACAAUAUUGAGGACCCGACGACUGGUGACAGUAAGAGUCAGCACGAGGUGAGGCUAGGAGAUGUCGUCACGGGAGCCUACACGGUGUUGGGUCCUGACGGUACGAAGCGUACAGUCGAGUACACUGCUGAUGCGAAGCAUGGUUUCAAAGCUGUCCUGAGGGAGGAUCCUGUCAGCAACCCCUUGGCGAAUCCAGCCCCGGCCCCAGUUCACUACAACUACCAGCCUGCUAACGACUUCCAGUACCAGACCCCUGACCCCUACCCAGUGUUCGCGUCUGUGCUGCACCCUCCACAACACUCCAACUACGUAGAACAACAGUCCGCCAAAUAUUUCUCGCCGCAAACCGAAGCAGAGCCCAGGGUACCUUUUGAUGGGAACUAUUUCGUACCGGCGAAUCAUAAAAAAUAAUUAAAUUAUGCCAUUCUUAUCCUAAACUUGUGAUAUUAGAUAAGUAUUAUUGAAAUCGAGCCUAUAAAACACAUGCUGUGAAUAAUGUACCUAAUUAGAGAAUAGAAAGAUUGAGUAAUUACUGUAGCUGGUAGGUACCAACUUAGUUGUGACUGUUUUUGUAUAAUGGUAAAAAAUGUAAAUGGAUAGUUGAUAUAAAUAAAUAAUGGAAUAAAAUAAACACAAAACAAGGCUGCACUUGUACAAACAGUGACUUAUUUUUUCUACCACUGCUUGGCAGCCUGAACAAAAA